GGCCCCAGUUUGAAGACUGUGGCGGGGAGAUUGUGAAGGCACCUUGCGCAAGGCCGGCAUUGUCUCGGGUGGAAGGGCGCUGGGACUGUGUGCUGCCCUGAACAACUAACAGGGACUUGUUUGCAAUGAGUGUUCCGCGUCGGAGUGGGAAACGGCGACGUUCAGCAUCCGGCUCGGACUCGUUCUCGGGCGGCGGUGACAGUAGUGUCAGCCCACAGCUCGUCCCCAGGCCGGUGCUGAGUCCACCGCCGGGGCUGGGCGGAGGCCGGAGGACCGCAGGAGCAGGAAUAUGCAAGCAAACAGUCUCUGAUGACCAACUAGACCAGCUGCUAUUGGCAAAUUGGGGACUUCCUAAAGCAGUUCUGGAGAAAUAUCACAGUUUUGGUGUGAAAAAGAUGUUUGAAUGGCAGGCAGAGUGCCUUUUGCUUGGACAAGUCUUGGAAGGAAAGAAUCUAGUUUAUUCAGCUCCUACAAGUGCUGGGAAGACUCUUGUUGCAGAGUUACUUAUUUUGAAGCGAGUUUUGGAAAUGCAGAAGAAAGCUUUGUUUAUUCUUCCCUUUGUUUCUGUGGCUAAAGAGAAGAAAUCCUACCUCCAGAGUCUGUUUCAGGAAGUAGGAAUAAAAGUAGGUGGCUAUAUGGGCAGCACCUCUCCAACAGGGCAUUUUUCUUCCUUGGAUAUUGCUGUCUGCACAAUUGAGAGAGCCAAUGGGCUGAUCAAUCACCUCAUUGAGGAAAACAAGAUGGAUCUGUUAGGAAUGGUGGUUGUGGAUGAAUUGCACAUGCUGGGAGACUCUCACCGAGGGUAUCUUCUGGAACUUUUGCUGACCAAAAUUUGCUAUAUUACUCAGAAAUCAGCAUCUUGUAAGGCAGAUUCAUCCAGCCCUCUGUCUAAUGCUGUGCAAAUUAUUGGCAUGAGUGCCACUCUUCCUAAUUUGGAGCUGGUAGCUUCCUGGUUGAAUGCUGAACUCUACCAUACUGACUUUCGUCCUGUACCGCUUUUAGAGUCAAUAAAAAUUGGAAAUUACAUAUAUGACUCUUCAAUGAAGCUUGUGAGAGAAUUUCAACCUAUGCUACAAGUGAAGGGAGAUGAAGACCACAUUGUUAGUUUAUGCUAUGAAACUAUUCGUGAUAACCAUUCAGUAUUACUCUUUUGUCCAUCCAAACAAUGGUGUGAGAAGCUAGCAGAUAUUAUUGCCCGAGAGCUUUAUAAUUUACAGCAUCAAUCUGAGGAAUUAGUAAAGUCAUCUGAAUUUCCACCAGUGAUUCUGGAGCAAAAGGGCCUUCUGGAAGUGAUGGAUCAGUUAAAACGUUCACCGUCAGGACUGGACUCUGUGUUAAGAAACACUGUUCCAUGGGGAGUAGCAUUUCAUCACGCAGGUCUUACUUUUGAAGAGAGGGACAUCAUUGAAGGAGCCUUCCGUCAAGGUCUUAUUCGGGUUUUGGCAGCAACGUCUACUCUUUCUUCUGGAGUGAAUUUACCUGCCCGCCGAGUGAUUAUCCGAACUCCAGUUUUCAGUGGCCAACCUCUAGAUAUUCGUACUUAUAAGCAGAUGGUUGGCCGUGCUGGCAGGAAAGGAGUAGACACAAUGGGUGAAAGUAUCUUAGUUUGUAAGAACUCUGAGAAAUCAAAAGGCAUAGCUCUGCUUCAAGGAUCUCUAAAAUCUGUUCGCAGUUGUCUGCAAAGACAAGAAGGAGAAGAUGUUACUGCUAGUAUGAUCCGAGCUAUUCUAGAGAUCAUCGUUGGUGGGGUGGCAAGUACAUCACAAGAUAUGCAGGCCUACGCUUCCUGCACAUUUUUGGCUGCUAGUAUCAAAAGCCAGAAGCAGGGAAUUCAGGGAAAUCAAGAUCCUGCUCAACUUGGAGCAGUUGAAGCCUGUGUGAUGUGGCUACUAGAAAAUGAGUUCAUCCAGAUGACAGACUCCAGUGAUGGAACAGAAGGAAAGGUAUAUCAUCCUACACAUCUUGGAUCAGCUACUCUUUCUUCUUCACUUUCUCCAGUUGAUACCUUAGAUAUCUUUGCUGACCUCCAAAGAGCAAUGAAAGGCUUUGUUUUAGAGAAUGAUCUUCAUAUUGUCUAUCUGGUUACACCUAUGUUUGAAGAUUGGACUGCUAUUGACUGGUAUCGGUUUUUCUGUAUAUGGGAGAAGUUACCAACGUCUAUGAAAAGGGUGGCAGAGCUGGUAGGAGUUGAGGAACGGUUCUUGGCUCGCUGUGUGAAAGGAAAAGUAGUAGCCAGGACAGAGAGACAGCACCGACAAAUGGCCAUCCAUAAAAGGUUUUUCACAAGUCUGGUGUUAUUAGAUUUAAUCAGUGAGAUUCCCUUAAAGGAAAUUAAUCAGAAAUAUGGAUGCAAUCGUGGACAGAUUCAGUCUUUGCAACAGUCAGCUGCUGUUUAUGCAGGUAUGAUCACAGUGUUUUCUAACCGCCUGGGCUGGCACAACAUGGAGUUGCUGCUUUCCCAGUUUCAGAAGAGGCUUACAUUUGGCGUCCAGAGGGAGCUGUGCGAUCUGAUCCGGGUGUCCUUGCUUAAUGCUCAGAGAGCCAGGCAGCUCUAUGCUUCUGGCUACCUUACUGUAGGAGACCUUGCGAGAGCUGAUACCGCGGAGGUGGAGGUGGUGCUGAAGAAUGCUGUGCCUUUCAAAAGUGCCCGAAAAGCUGUGGAUGAGGAAGAGGAAGCAGUUGAAGAACGUCGUAAUAUGCGAACUAUUUGGGCGACUGGCACAAAGGGUUUAACUGAAAGGGAAGCAGCAGCCUUGAUAGUGGAAGAAGCUAAAAUGAUUCUGCAGCAGGACUUAGUUGAAAUGGGAGUGCACUGGGAUCCAAAUUCACCCUUGAGUUCUAACACGCAUUCACUGACUAGUAGCGAGUCAGAAAUAAAGGCACACACAUUUAAAUCCCAAGCUAAGAGUUCUUAUAAAAGAUUAACAUCAAAGAACAGAAGCAGUGUACGAUUGAGUGAUUCUUCUGAAAAGCAGUCACCAAAUACAGUGCGAGAUUUAGAUAAAAAUAGUGAGCAUGCAGAUUCCUCUUUUUGUACCUUCCAGGAAGGGAGUCACAAACAUCAGGCACAUUCCAUGUUCAGAGCAGGAAAAUGGACUUCCUUGUGCAUAAAUGAAGAAAACCUUGCAACCUCUCUGGACGAUGGAAAACCAAGCACUAAGGAAGUUGCUCAGACUUUCUCAUUGGAGAAAACAAGAAAAACUUCUUUGAAUUCAAGUUCAGAGAAAACGGGCACCAGUUUUCCAUCUUGGAAACACAGAAAGUAUAGGAAAUUGUCUUGGGUCAGUAACUCCAUGCCUGACUCGGGGAUGCAGAGAGUUGAUUUACAAGGACAGACUAUAUCCAAACCUGUUUUAAAUGAAGACUCAUUUUCUUCAGAUGAGCAGAAUAUGGAAUUUAGAAGUUCAGGACUAUUUACCAAAAACCAAAAAUUUACCAAAAAUUUUCCUUUUUGUGCCAAGGAAAAAUACAACAAAACCUCAUUCCUGUUACAUAUGCCCCAGUCUUGCUUACAGAAAAGAACAAAAAGGAAUGGUGUUGCUGUGGGACAUUUUGUUGCAGGAUCCCCAGGUAUGACUAGUAAUGGAAGAGGAUUAGCUGUCAUUGAGACGGAAAAACUAAAUGAAGUGCAGAUAGAGACUGGCUCAGAAGACCAGGAUGUUUCUGUGAAGCAUCAUGAUAUCCAUCCAGUUAGCCAGUGCCUGGAAAGGCAAUGUGAUAAGCGGACAAGCACUUGCAUUCAACAGAAAAAACUUAAGGAGAAAGAAAUGCUCUGUGAAGCAGUAAGUAGUUAUAUGUCUAGAGACUCAAGUGUUACCAGGACUAUCAAAUAUGACAACGUAAAGCUUAGUAGCAAGGAAAAGAAAUCAAAUCACUGUCAGGCAUUAGGAGGUGAUAGAAGCAGAACUAAGGUGCCUAGUAGGUUACUUCAGUCAGCUGCAGAAUUUGGUCAAGCAAGAGGCCAACAUGAGAACUUUCUUAAUUCUUCUAGAGUACAAGAAAACACAGAUACUUACAUAACAAACAAAACUGAAAAAAAUCAUGUUUCUAACUUAGGUUUAGUCUUCUGUGAUUUUGGAGAUAGUUUCUGCCUAGAUACUCAGUCAGAAAAAAUAAUCCAACAGAUACCAACUGAAAAUGACAAACAAGGAAUAAAGGCUACCACCCUGGGAGCAGGCCUAAUAGAGAGGAGUGUAGACACUCAGAGCUUAGAGCACUCUCCUCAGAAUGAGAGUUGCAGAACUCCUGGUGAGCGGCAUUCCCCAAGAAUAUCUAAUACAGACCAUUUGGACAUUAACAUGGUAGAUACUGUGAACCAAAGCACUGAAAACGCCACCAAUAGGCUAACUCCAGAAAGCCCAAAUUUUCAUUCUCCAAUACUCCUGGGGGAAAAUGAACCUGGCUUUAAAGAGAAUGAACAUUCUGUUACUGACUCCCAAUUAAACAGUUUUCUUCAAGGUUUUCAAACACAAGAAAUGGUGAAACCAGUCAUACCACUGGAUCCUCAAACAAGAACUCCCACUAGUAUAGAGGAAGAGUGUCUACUGGGCCCUGAAAGCAGUUUGAAUAUGAGUGAUAGUAUACUAUUUGACAGUUUCAGUGAAGACUACCUAGUAAGAGGACAGUCAUCUGAUGUACAAGCAAAGCAGCCUCUCCUUUCUGAAACAACAACAGCACAUUUCAGCAAUUCUCCCUGCCUACAAGAGGACCCAAUUAUAACAGCAAAUGUAAAUAAGCAUCAAGAUACUCAGCAGCAGUUGACUUGUUUCAGUGGUGACUCUAUUAUAUUUUCAGAAAUGGAUUCUACUGAGAUGGCUGAAGCUUUAGACAAUAUGGCUAUGUUUCCUGCCCAAGAGAAAUGUAACUCAGUGUCUCUUAGGGAUUUAGAACUAAGUGAUUCUGAAGUGAGAGGUAAUGAAUAUCCUCAAGGAGCAGUAAUUGGAGGAGAUCAAAGGGGAGGAGCCCAAGAGUCCAAACUCACUGAGACAAGGCAAGAUAAUUCAUUAUUAUGGUCAGGGAUAUCAUUUGACUUAAGUCCAAGACUACAAAGGAUUUUAGAUAAAGUGUCCAGCCCUACAGAAGAUGAAAAGCCAAAAUUAACACACACAAACUUGUCUUGCUUGAAAGGAAAAAGUAUAGAAUUAAAUGAGAGACAGGAAAUGAAUUCAAGUUUGGAGACAGUUCAAGUUCAGAGAACUUCAUUUUUCCCUAAUAACGAAGUUAAAAGCAAGGUUGAGGCGCUAGAGAACAAGGCCAGUCCUGGUGGAGCGUCAUCUCCCUCACCUUGUAAAGAAAGCUCUGUAGCUAAUGAUAAUGGCCUCAUUCCUCCCACACCCUGUCCAGUGCCUGCUUCGAAGCUGGCAUUUCCAGAAAUUCUUGGCACAUCUGUGAAACAUCAGAAAACUAGUAGUGUCUUACAGCCUGGCGAAGCUUCUUUAUUUGGCUCACCUUCAGAUACUCAAAACCAUCAUUUAAGUCAAGAGAGUAGAAAUGGUUCCAAAGGUGUCAGUCCUGAUCUAGGCACAAGUAUUUCUCUGCAGUUGUCUCAGGAUGGAUCACAGUUAACUCCAGUCUCAUGCAAUUCGGAGAGCUUGACCAUAAUUGAUGUAGCAAGUGACCAAACUCUGUUUCAAACGUUUGUGAAGGAGUGGCAAGGCAAAAAGCGAUUUUCCAUCUCGCUGGCUUGUGAAAAGAUUAGAAGUUCAAUGUCUUCUAAAACUGCCACCAUUGGUGGUAGGUUUAAGCAAGUUAGCUCACCUCAGGAAACCCCUAUUAGAGAUGAUGGAUUUCGUCUUCAUGACUCUGAAGAUGUUGUGGUGGUUGGACUGGCAGUGUGCUGGGGUAGAAAGGAUGCCUAUUAUGUUUCAUUGCAGAAGGAACAAAAGCAUUCUGAAAUGAGUGCCAGUUUGGCACCACCCCCUCUGGAUCCAACAUUGACUGUGAAAAAUAGGAUGCGACACCUUCAGUCCUGCUUGCAAAAGAAAUCUGACAAAGAGCAAUCUGCUGUCAUCUAUGACUUCAUUCAGAGCUAUAAAAUCCUUCUUCUGUCUUGUGGUGUCUCCCUGGAACAAAGUUAUGAAGAUCCUAAGGUGGCAUGCUGGCUACUUGAUCCAGAUUCCAAGGAGCCAACUCUUCAUAGCAUAGUGACCAGCUUUCUUCCCCAUGAGCUCCCACUCCUAGAAGGAAUGGAGACAGGCCAAGGAAUCCAGAGCCUGGGGCUAAAUGUGGACACUGAGCAUUCUGGGCGGUAUAGAGCAUCUGUAGAGGCCAUUCUCAUCUUCAACUCCAUGAAUCAACUCAACUCUUUGUUGCGGAAGGAAAACUUUCAUGAUAUUUUCUAUAAAGUGGAGAUGCCCUCUCAGUACUGCCUGGCCUUGCUUGAACUAAAUGGAAUCGGCUUUAGUACUGCAGAAUGUGAGACUCAGAAGCACAUCAUGCAAGCCAAGCUGGAUGCCAUUGAGACUCAGGCCUAUCAGCUAGCUGGCCACAGCUUUUCCUUCACCAGUGCAGAUGACAUUGCACAGGUUCUGUUUUUGGAAUUGAAGCUGCCACCAAAUGGAGAGAUGAAAAUGCAAGGCAGCAAGAAAACUUUGGGUUCUACCAGAAGAGGGAAUGAUGGUGGCCGCAAGCUAAGGCUGGGGAGACAGUUCAGCACUAAUAAGGAUGUUUUAAAUAAAUUAAAGGCAUUGCAUCCUUUACCAGGCCUGAUACUGGAGUGGAGAAGAAUCAGUAAUGCUAUUACAAAAGUGGUGUUCCCUUUGCAGCGGGAAAAGCGUCUGAACCCUUUUCUUGGAAUGGAAAGAAUCUAUCCUGUAUCCCAAUCAUACACAGCUACAGGACGGAUAACGUUUACAGAACCAAACAUCCAGAAUGUGCCAAGAGAUUUUGAAAUUAAAAUGCCAACACUAAUAGAGGAAAGCCCACCUUCCCAAGCCAUAGGCAAAGGCCUGCUUCCAAUGGGCAGAGGACUAAAGAAGAAGGGCUGUGGCCUGCACCCUGGGCACCAGGCACUGAUGGAGAAGGCCUCACGCAGAGGGAUGCCGUUCUCAGUGAGCAUGCGCCAUGCCUUUGUGCCUUUCCCAGGUGGCUUAAUAUUAGCUGCUGAUUACUCUCAGCUGGAACUGAGGAUCUUGGCUCACUUAUCUCAGGAUCAUCGCCUCAUUCACGUCUUAAACACUGGAGCUGAUGUUUUCAGGAGCAUUGCAGCAGAGUGGAAGAUGAUUGAGCCUGAGUCUGUUGGGGAUGAUCUGAGGCAACAAGCAAAGCAGAUUUGCUAUGGAAUUAUAUAUGGAAUGGGAGCUAAAUCUUUAGGAGAGCAGAUGGGCAUUAAAGAAAUUGAUGCUGUUUCCUAUAUUGAUUCCUUUAAGUCCAGAUACACAGGGAUUAAUCGUUUUAUGAAAGACACGGUGAAGCAUUGUAAAAGAGAUGGGUUUGUUCAGACCAUUCUGGGAAGACGUAGAUAUUUACCAGGAAUCAAAGACACUAAUCCUUAUCAUAAAGCUCAUGCUGAGCGUCAGGCCAUCAACACAACAGUCCAAGGAUCAGCUGCUGAUAUAGUCAAAAUAGCCACAGUUAACAUUCAGAAGCAAUUAGAGACUUUACAUUCUACCUUCAAAUCCCAUGGUCAUCGGGAGAGUGUGCUCCAAAAUAAUCAAACAGGAUUGUUGCCAAAGAGAAAACUUCAAGGGAUGUUCUAUCCAAUCAGAGGAGGAUUCUUCAUCCUUCAACUUCAUGAUGAGCUUUUAUAUGAAGUGGCAGAAGAGGACAUUGUUCAGGUAGCUCAGAUUGUCAAAAAUGAAAUGGAAAGCGCUAUGAAACUUUCUGUGAAACUGAAUGUGAAAGUGAAAAUAGGUGCCAGCUGGGGAGCGCUGAAGGACUUUGAUAUAUGAUAGUGCAGUUGGCUGGGUCCCUAGACCAGCCUGAUACAGAUGCGGUCACCUGGAGAGCCACUGAGACUUCCCUCACCUGCUUCAUGAAUACCAGCUCUCAUGUCUUGAUGGACUUGGGGGAGCAGUUCUGCAGUGAGUUUCUGAUGCAUAUCAGGGUCUAGCACCUCAGGAUUUUAAGGGGAGGUUUAAAGAUUAUAUUCACUCUCAAAGAGUAUUUGUGAAUUUGCCUUUCAUAAUUUAUUGUGGCUUUAAACAGUCUCAGAAUAUAUGCUUGAACUAUGCACUUAUCACUUUGGGUUCCCAUCUGUCUUGAAUGUGAAGGAAGUGGAGCUGCUGCCUCGGGCACAUUUUUAUUCCUGUUAGGGACUCAGGCUCUAAUGAAUAUAAAUCCCCGGAGUCAGGUAGAUCGAGCUCGGUUUCAGUACACCAUCAGGGUUGUAAGUGUUGCAUGUGAUCUUUUUCCUUCAAUAUGAAGACUUCUGAAGUAGAAUUUUAAGAUAGCAUUGGCUGAUAAAUUAGGAUUCUAUAUAAUAGUAAAAUGAACUGUUGUUGCUUAAUUGUUUUUCUUCCUUGUUCAUAUAAUGAAAAUAUAUGGAAUAUUCAAAAAAAGCUGUGCCUUCUUAAAAAGUGCCCUGUUCUUCUGUAAGAUCAGAUACUGAUUGCAGUUGAACAUAACACUGCGAGGCAGUGAAACACUCCUUUUUCAGCCUCUUCAUGCCUCUGUGUUUGUGAUGUGGAGCGAGUACUCAUGUUGAAAAGAUUGAUUUUGUAAUCUUAA